AUGCACCAAAUCCUCAGCUCCAAAGAGUUCACAACUCAAAAUGUGAUUACGUUUUAUUUCCGAAGGAUCCGCCGGAUAGUCCCAACGUAUAUCGCAGUAUUAAUUCUCACCGUACUUGCCUCCAUCUACAUCUUUGCCCCUAGCGAUUACCCGACAAUUCUUCGAGAGCUCUCUUCCGCCGCUUCCUUUACCUCCAACAUAUUCAACUUGCCGGCUCAAGGGUAUUUCGCGAAAAACAAUGCGGUUCCCUUGUUCUCGCAUACAUGGUCGUUGUCAGUGGAGUUACAAUUCUAUCUGAUUGUGCCUGGUAUCUAUUACUUGUAUCAUCGUCUACGAAAUUUUAGUGGAUUUGGUGGGAUUUGUGUUGUAAUGGCAAUUGGAUUGGUCUCACUUGGAUAUCAAGUUCAUUAUCGGGAAAGUAAGUAAUUAACAUGGCUUACAAUCAAUUAACUAAAUUGCCAGAUGUCAACCUUGCCCAUAUGAGUCUCUUCUCUCGAAUCUGGCAAUUUCUCAUCGGGUUUUUGGCGAACGCCCUACAGCCGAAGCAGGCUGAAGGCUUGUAUCAAAAACUGCCUCAGCACGAAGAAGACACCCCUCUUGUUACGACAUUCAAUGUCGGAUUCGCCAUCAAAUGCAUGCUUUUCAUUGUCCUGUUGCUUCAAUUGUAUUGUCCAAUCACCUCCGUCGGCAGCGUCGACCGAUUUCUUUGCACCUUAACGGCCGCUUUGUUCAUAAUGAUCAAGGAAAGGAAUUUUUUGGAGAACAACUUUUACGUUUACAUUGGUGACGUCUCCUAUUCGUUGUAUCUUCUUCAUUGGCCUGCAAUAUUGAUCAGUAAAUACGUUAUGUCAUGGGGGUUUGACGGGCCUUCCAGUCCUGGUAAGGAAGUGAAAUAGGGCGUUUAUAAAGACUCUCAAAAUGUUAUAAUCGCCGUUUUCAGAAGGCGUGUUGCUCUUUGAAGCCGCACUCUUGUCCAGUGUUCUUUUGGAGAACACUUUUAAGAAGAUUCAGAGCUGCGUCACAUCUUGGCGCCACCUCUCUUGCCUUCUAUUCGUAUUAUACAUGCUUCUUAAUGCCGCUGCAUUCAACAUGCAUCUUAAGCGUCAAGACAGCUUUUUAACCAGCCGUUUCGUCAUUGGAAGCAACUCCACGGAGGAGCUACACGAUAAUUCGACCAGUAAAUUAAGGAAGUUCGUGGUGGACACAGUGAAGAAGGACUUGUUGCUCUAUGAAAGCAGGAACUUGAAUCUGACUAACGAUGAAGCCGCUAUUUUACAAGCAGAGGCAGACAUUUUAAAAGAUUACUUCAGGAAUGAAUGCAUAUUUGAGUUGGAUAAGAAGUAUGGCUUUAAACGUUUCGCUGCCGUUGACAUGGCAUGCGAGUCCGAGGUAGGCAAGGGGUUUCAUACGGAGGUUUGUUGUGGAAUAGUUUUUUUUGCUGUAGAGAUUUGGCUAAAAUAUGCAACUCAUUGCGAACUCCAAUGUACAAAAUCCCCAAUCUUUUCAUUUUGUAGGGCUCGGGUGGCAAGGAAAUCCUGGUCAUCGGCAAUAGCUUAGCACAGGAUAUUUACAUGGGAAUUGAGGCGAAAAUGAAGCACAUCUACAAACGUGUAACGUUGUAUGCUCUUGCAUGCGCCAUCCCUUUCUUUGGAGCGGCGACGUCAGAAAAUCAUUUCGUGACAACGAUCAAGACAUGGGGCCGACCAAUCGACAUCUUGGUGGUUAGACACUCGUAAGCAGUUGGAGGGUUGUUGUCACGGCUCUUGUGGGUAACCACUUUGCGGGCAGCCGAUAUAUACCGAUUAGGAUUACGAUUUUUUAACCGUAAUCUACGUAGUAUGAGAGAAAUUUUGCAACGACAACUCCUUAGUUCUUACAAGUACACGAAUUUAUGGAAUUCAUCCACUGCUUUUAAAGCUAUGGGAGUUUGUCAAAAAAAAUGAUUUUUGCACCCUUAAAAAUCACUUGCUUACUUUAUGAUAACUACUCAAGCCAUUUAUUCACCUGGAGACUUAAUUCGCAACAUCCAGCUGCCAACUUCAUCGUUUGAAUUUCCUUUUGUAAGCAAAUGUUGGUUGAUUUCCAAACAUGCCCGCAGAAUCUCCGCGCUUUUUCGCUGCCCGCAAAGUGGUUGCUCGCGCGUGGGCCGCCGAAGAGUUUGCUUUGAGAUUUAUAGCUGUAAUUUAGAUAUUAUCAGAUUGGAGGGAAGCCAUCAAUCAACCUGUGUCCACCAUUGCCAGUAAGUUUAGCAUAAACAUAAACCUUAUGAGGGUCGUGUUUUGUAAACAGAAGGUUUGCAAGACUGACCCGAUACAUUGGCCAAAAACGUACCAUUCUGCAUCCGGGAAAUAUCAAAAAUGCAGCAAAAUACCUCCCUCUCCAAGUGAAAAAACUCCGAUUUCAAAAGCUCUUUUUGUGAGGGAAAGGGCGCGCACUUCAAAGCGAAGUCUUUCAGUUGGACAGGGAGGCAUUUUGUCACAUGUUUGACACUUCCCGGAUGCAAACUGAUACGUUUUUUGCCGCUGGAUCAGGUCCCUCACUGUACUCCUUCCCUUUCUAGGAGGACUACCUCAAAACCCAAUUCCUAAAAGAUGCACAAGCCUUUUACGGGAACGUCAGCAAAAUAGCGAAGACGGUAGUCAUCUCAUUCUCAGAGUAUGAAACCGGCUUUAACACGCAAAAGUUCAACAAGGCUCUGGCCGCAAACAACCUGAGUGGGUUGAACUUGAAUUAUACGGUAUGUUUUUUAAACAAAAAAUACAGGUUUUGGGGCUAUGGUAGUUCAGCCCCCCACGAAAGGUAGUUAAAACCCCCACUGCUUUUGUGGGUUCAGAAUGGAAGAGGGGGGUUGUACUGGGCCAUGGGGGGCUGAACUGGACUGUAGGGUGUUCUACCUUACCCCUCAAGGUUUUUUAUAUACUAAAGUCUAUAUAUGCCCUCAGGCAAGUACAAUAUAAGUUCGCUGAGCCAUCUUGGACAACCUUUUAAGCCUUCAAAUUUCAGCAGCAUCGCAAACUAGCCGCAAAAUACGAUGACGUCAUUAAAGCGGUCAAUUGUUCAAACUGCAUAAAAGUUGACUUCAUGUCCGGCUUCUGCAGCCACAUUACGGACAUUUGUCAAGUUGUCAGUGAGCGGAAACUCCCGUUCCUCGUCGAUGAUAUUCAUCAAUCCCCGUUUGGGGACUUUGUAAUGGCCGAUGUCUUAACAGAUGAGCUGGAAAGGCAUGGGGUUUUAAGUAAUAAAACGGUAAAAUAA